GAAUGCAUUCACCUGUUGACCCGACAGAGUAUCACGUCAUCGCCUGAUGUCAGAGAUAGCUACGGGUACAUCGGAACUCCGGCACCACCACUGGCAGUUCGGACUCACACAUUACGUGCACUUCAGAAGACAGUAUAAAUGUCUGUGCUCCCUGUAUGUACAUGUACGUACGAGCAGUGACUAACAUAACACUGACAUAACGUGCAAAGAAUAUACAUGUACUGUAUGUAGUGUCGUUGUAGACUGUGGAUUCAAGACAGCAGUACCCAAAGAUGAACUGGAAGACCCUUCUUAUCCUGGUAGCUGCCUUUAUUUUGUACCUGGCGAUUGGAGCUCUGGUCUUCUCAGCCUUGGAAUCGCCUCAAGAAGAGGAGGCAAAGGCAGAAUUGAGGGCGUACAAAGAGGCCAUCCUGUCAAAUUUUACAUGUCUCUCUGAGGAGGAUUUGGAAAAGCUAGUCAAACGGAUCAAGAACGCCGUAGAGCGCGGAAUUAAUCCUCUCCAUAAUGUUUCCAGUAGGGCUCACUGGGAUUUCAGCAGUUCGUUCUUCUUCUCUGGUACAGUGGUGACUACCAUAGGCUACGGCAGGCGUUCACCCACUACCGAGGGCGGGAAAGACUUCUGUAUUGUCUAUGCCAUCUUUGGCAUACCAUUUACGGGUUUGUUACUCUCAAUUGUUGGAAAAUUCUAUCAGGAGUCGUUUGGGCGCAUGAGAGGUCACCUUGAUCGCAUUCUGUGCGAUUACUGCUCUGUGACCAAAAGAAAAGUGCGACUUUUCAUUGUGUGGUUGGGAGUGGGAUCUUUCACUUACGGCCUUCUAGUGUUGGCACCAGCUGGGAUAUUUACGGUGUUGGAGGACUGGAGUUACAGGAUUGCACAUUAUUACUGUUUCAUCACUCUGACAACCAUUGGAUUUGGCGAUUAUGUUGCAACACUGGAUCCAAAGCAUGAUACCCCCGGGGCAUUGUACAUCAUUUACGACGUUGCAGUAGUCUUCUGGUACGUUUUUGGUUUGUCUUUUAUUGCGAUACUGAUCAGCACCAUCGGGACAAGGGAGGAAAAAACAGCCAAGAAAUUGAUGUCAUCUGUCUCGUAUAAACCAAACAGUGCACACAGAGAGACAUCUUCCAGUAAGAACGCGUCUUACUCGAUAGAAGGUGCAGUAGAGUUAACAAUACAAGAUGGGCUAAUAGAGCCAGCAGCCUAUAGGAGAACACAAUUUUCCAGCUGCGAAGAACCCGAAGGAUCGACAAAAGUUGUAUUGAAUGAUGUGCCACCGUCUGUAUCCCGAGAAAACCAGCCUGGUGUGAAGCCAAAUUCUUCAAUCAAUGAUAAUUACAGUGGAAAUAACUGAAAAAAAAACCAAUUAGAUACGGAGGGUGCCAAAGGUGGAAGCAGAAAAAUCCGAAGUGAGGUUACAUGGGACCGAAAGGGGUCUUUAAAGAAAUCAAAAUUGAAAGUGUGGGAAGGAAAAUAACGAAGGCAGUACAGUAUCUACCAUUACCAUGGCAAACAAAAGACGUGGCCACUUCACUUGCCACGCAAUUAUAACUUAAAGAAUCUGACCUUGAAAUUAUUUUGCUCAUUGUUUUAAGAGACUUUGGAUAUUUGCGUGACUUAUACUAGAUGUAUGUUUAAUUUGAUGACUGUCGUUUCGUGAUAAUAUUCCAUUGCAUAUUAUUACAUUGAUUUUGGUUGUUACAACCCAUUAGUAAUAGCAAUGGUUUUAUUUGGUGAAUUCCAGAGACAUCUUAAGAUAUCAAAAAGGCAUUGUAAAUCUACUCAUAUACUAUUCAUGUAAACGAAGACCCGAUUAUUGUAUUGUGACAAGUGGAUUGGGCAUUUUGUUACAGUGGUGGUCCUAAAAACAAAAUUACACAUGCACUGAGUCAUUUUUCUCAUGACAACAUGUAAUAAUUAUUUGCCUAAUGGCGCUGAACUGCACUCAAUAUUCAAUGCUGCUUUAAAAUAUUUAUCAGGCUAUAUUGUGGCAAAUGUUUGGUGUUUGAGCUAAAUAUAACUGUUUAAUCAUCCAUCCAUACCUUCAUUAUCAUAUCAUAUACGGAAGUACCUCAGCCAGUAAAUAUAAUGUACAUGUACUUGAAAUCUACGCAUAAUGUGAUGACCGAAUAUUUUAUUGCCUUGCCGAGCCAGAUGCGUGCCUGUACAUUCGCAACACAAAUAUGGACUCUGAUCUAUAAUUUCGCUGAUUUAUUCUCUGAUGUACCGUACGUUAUAAUGAAAAGCCUCCAUUUGUGUACGUGUACAUAUUUGUCAUUGAUGAUUUAUGUUAAAAGAAAAUGUACUUCGUAUAACAAAAGGUAUUUUUAAAUUGAAUGGAGCUUUGGCGAUGAUUGAAUAAUUCCUUACAAUGUGAUAAAAUAUGACUACUUAUAAUUUGGGAACAUUGAGAAAACAUCCUUAUUUUUGCAGUGUAAAGAGUUAACAUUCAUCUGCUACAAUGAAUGAAUUGUUCCUAGAUCGGUUGAAAAAGAUCGGAGGUUGAUGAUGGCUGCAUGCAUUAGCAGCACCUUGGAU